AUGGGCUCCGAACGCUACCCAAUCCAGCACAAGGGCAUUUAUCACAACCUGCCGACCUUCGACCCGUCGUUGAAAGGGCUGACGGCUAUCGUCACCGGAGCAAAUGGCAUCAGUGGGUUCCAUACUAUGCGGGUUCUGCUGGAGAGUCCCGAACGGUGGACGAAGGUAUACGCUCUAUCACGUCGACCUCCUCCGCAUGCAAUGAUGAGCUUGCUCACAGACUCUCAACGUGCUCGAGUCCAGCAUGUUGCUGUGGAUUUCCUUGAUGACCCUAACAAGAUUGCGGACGCUAUGAAAGCUUCCGACGUUGCUGCCGACUACGUUUUCUUCUACUCCUAUCUGCAGCCAAAGCCACCUCCGGGUGCUUCUGCAUGGUCUAAUGCCGACGAACUCGUCAAAGUGAACAGCGCGUUGCUUGAUAACUUCUUGAAGGCGUUGGUCACUGCAAAACUUACUCCUAAACGAUUUCUGCUGCAGACUGGGGCAAAGAACUAUGGAGUGCAUCUUGGUCGCGCCCGGACACCGUCGAUUGAAUCUGACCCUCAACCGUCUCAUCUCGAACCUAACUUCUACUAUCCACAAGAGAAAUUGCUCUUUGACUACUGCAAGAGCAACAACACCACUUGGAAUGUCAUUCGGCCGGCGUGGAUUAUUGGGGCGGUCAACAACGCUCAGAUGAAUGCUUUACAUCCCUUUGCCAUCUAUUCCUCAGUGCAAGCCGCCAAAGGUGAACCACUGUAUUUCCCGGGCGAUUGGGCAGCCUGGCAGCAUGAAGCACACUACUCGACUGCACGGUUGACAGGGUAUCUAUCUGAAUGGGCCGUCCUCGAGGACAAAUGCAAGAAUGAAGCAUUCAAUUCCCAGGAUACCGGACCGCUCUCAUGGGACCGUUUUUACGAAGAGUUGGCGCGUUGGUUCGGGGUUGAGAAGGGCGUACAGCCACCAGAGGAGGACCCAGCCAAGUUUACUGAGCUCAAAGGCAAAUCCGGCAAGGACACACCCAUGGGGUACGGACCUCCCACUAUCGCUCGAAGAACCUUCUCCCUGGUAGCCUGGGCAUCGAAGCCUGAAAACCAACAAGCUUGGCAGAAGUUGAUGAAAGCCUCUGGAGGCCAGCUUACAGACGACCCUUUCAAGGAUGUCGAGGCAAAUUUCGUCUUUGGAGAUGCUGCCUUCAUGAGCAUGGGUAGCAUGUGUAUGAACAAAGCUCGGAGGAUGGGCUGGACAGGUUUCGUUGACACUAUGGAGUCCAUUUUCGAGAUGUAUUUCGAGAUGGGGAAGCUGGGCAUGGUACCAAAGAUGAAAGUUGACAAGCCCAAGCCUUUGAUAUGA